AUGUCCUCCUCAACAUCCAUUCCACAAGCUGAAGAGCUUGUCCACCAUUCACAUCCAACACAAGAUGAAUCUAUCGAUUUCAAAUCUCAAGCCAACUCCAUUGAAUCUGCACUCAAACAAAUGUUUCCGACAAAUACAUGCCAUCGGAAUCAACAAAUCAUUGAACCACUCACCCAUUCUCAUCACGUCAUCGAACAAGAACCACACACUCAUCAUGACAACACUGAGACAAAUUCAAAUAUUAAAACCAGUGUUUUUGAACUUUCAAAUCAUCACUACAUUUUACUCAUCUUUCGACGAUUUGUCAAAUUCGAAGGAUGUUGUUUUUGUAACCGUAGAAUGUUUCAUCUUUUGGAAAUGUAUCGUUCAUUGAAACAGCUUAAUGUGUUACCCAUUGUGGUGUAUCCUGAGGAAGAACGAAUUGGAGAGGAAUUUUUUAAUUCAUUUGAUAUUCCUGAAAUUAAAGAAAUGUUUCGAAUUGCAGAUCCACAUCAAGUGUAUGCUGAACAGUUCGAUAUUUCUUUUCAAAGAAAAGUUCCUGUCAAAAAAGUGGUCACUCAUUUACUUCCAAAUAUAGUGAUUGCCAACAAACAAGGUUUCAAACAACCUCUGAGAACUCCCUCUUCAUAUGAUGGAAAUUCCUUUUUCAUCAAGCCAGCCAUGUUUUUACUGAGGAAUGGUAAAAUUGUAAAAGAGUUACGGCAUGAUUAUGCAGAUCCUUGUCCUGAUAUCAUUAAGGAAAUUAUUUUAAAUAAUAAUCUACAAGAUGAUCAUUCUUUACAACAGUCAAUGGUCACGAAUGACACUCGACAUAUUUUAUUGCACGAGAAUUCAUCGCAAGAAUUGUCCUUACAAGAGUCAUCUCGAGAAUUAUCCACAGACAAGAAUCAAGAAAUAUCCAAAGAAAAGAAUCAUGAAAUAAUUUCAUUACCAGAAGAGCAAGCUGUGUUAACUUCGAAAACAACUCUUCAAAGCGAAGAACAAUUUCAUUCCUUUUUUUCAAAACCCUCACCAAGAUAUCGAAUUACCAAAACGAAUCAAUUGGCAUCUUUACAAGAAAUUUCAAAAGACAUGAAGGAGCAAGAAGAGGUGGAACGAAACGAGAAGGUCAAACAUCAAUUAGAAAAGAUGAAAAAUUCAUCGUCGUCUUGUUUUGGAAAUUCACAACAAGAAUUGAUCAACAGCAAAAUUUCUUCGCUCGACAUGAUCACAGUUUUGCAAACAGAACACUAUCGAAAAUAUUUCAAAAUAUUUUCACAUAAGGAAUAUAACUCUGAGAAUAUUCAAUUUUGGGAGGAAGUACAUUUGAAAUACAAACCAGUGGCAGAUUUUGAAAAGAAGGAUAAGGCUUACCAAGUUGCAAUGAAAAUUGGUCAACAAUUUCUCUUUGAUGAAUCUACCAUCACAUAUAUCAAUACCACAGACCGAUUAAGGAAUGAAGUGAAAAAUCAAAUUUCCACAAUUUUUAAACAUACAGAAAUAUCUUCCGCGGAAACGAAACAACAAUUUAACGAGAAGGCACCACUCAUCUUUGAUUGUGUCCUUUCAGAAAUGUAUGCCUCUCUCAUGAAGGAUAUGUUCCUAAGAUUUAGUGUGAGUGACUUGUUUAAGGAAAUGAUUGCAACCAGCGAAACUCGAAAAAGGAAAUAA